AUGUCCAAGUUCGCCCCUCAUCGUCGUGGCGCCAACACCCCUCGUCCAUCUGCCACCACAAUAUGCCAGAAAUGUCUCGAUACAGGCCACUUCACCUACGAAUGCAAAUCCUCUCGUCCCUAUGUCUCUCGUCCAUCUCGUACCAAACAACUGGAGAAGCCUAGUGUCCUAGCGAAGUUGAGGAAGGAUGGAGAACCGAGUGUGCAGGUCCCUGAGGAGUUCAAGACCAAGUCUGGAACAGCUAACAAGAUUCUGGAGGCAAAGGAGAAAGAACGAGAGAAAGAAACGAGCAAGCGCUCCUCCAAACGCGCCAAGCGUGAUUCAAAAUCCUCAUCCUCCAACUCAGACUCCGACUCCGACUCGAGCUCGGACUCGGAUUCAGAUUCAGGCUCUGGUUCAGACUCUGGUUCGGAUAGCAAGGAUAGCGACAGCAGCGGUUCUCGCUCUCGUGAAAGGGACAGUAAACGUCGGCUUCCUCGUCGCAGACGCACGUCGAGUGUAUCCUCUGCUGGAGCAGCCGAAAGCAGCAGGAGGGGCCGACGAGACUGAGUCACCUCGUUAUCCUUCUGCACUCUGUCGCGUUCAACAGACCGUUUCCCCAAACCUCUAAUUUAUUACAAGACCCUGCAGCAGCACGAAGCCGCAUCUCAAUGUCUAUUCGACCAGCACCACCGACUCCCCCAUUUGUCCAGCUUGUUGAUCUUGCGCCACCUCAGCCCUUCUAUCUUGUUUUUUUUUGGACCAUGUACCUUUGUAUCGCUCUAUUACUCGCGC